AUGACAGAAGGUGAAAUGAUAACUGUGGAAGCUAUAAACGGCAUAUAUCUCUCGGUAGCACCUCUUAAGAAAGGUUGUUAUCAAGGGUUGGGAAACCUUGGAAAAAAUGUCCCUGUGACAUCUUCGGUGUUUCCGAGUAACCGUGAUGUAGAGAUGGAGCAGUUGCUAAAGGAAAAAGACGCUCAAAUUCAAAAUUUGGAACAAGCAAAUGUUCAGACCCAAGAGAUCCUAAAGGAAAAAGACACUCAAAUUAAAGUUUUGGAACAAGCAAAUGUUCAGACCCAAGAGACACUCCAAGACCUCGUCGGGUUCAUGAAGCAGAAGUAUGGUGCUGAUAUUCCGGUGCGUUGUUCCCCUACCUGA